UUAUGGAUAUUGAGACUCUUCUCAAUAGCCCAUGGAAGAAUUUAUUCAAAUCCAGCGGGUUCAUAUGCAUGGUCCCAUCCUAAGGUUGCGGUAUAUGGUGAAACAGCUGGAGACAGGAGAGGUGAAUCUUGUGGAGCUGAAGAAGAAUUUGGAAUAUACAGCUUCUUUGCUUGAAGCAGUUUAUAUUGAUGAGACCAGGAAGAUUCUGGACACGGAAGAUGAACUCCAAGAGAUCAAAUCUGAUGCCGUACCUUCUGAAGUACGAGACUGGCUGGCCUCCACUUUCACCCAGCAGACCCGGGCCAAGGGGCGCCGUUCAGAGGAGAAACCCAAGUUUCGCAGCAUUGUGCAUGCUGUUCAAGCUGGCAUCUUUGUGGAAAGGAUGUUCCGUCGGACGUACACAGCAGUGGGACCCAAUUAUUCUCAAUCGGUCAUCAACUGCCUGAAGAGUCUUGACCUCUGGUUUUUCGAUGUCUUUGCACUGAACAGGGUGAGCGAAGACCAUGCCUUGCGCACAAUUGUCUUUGAACUGCUCACCCGCCACAAUCUCAACAGCCGCUUCAAGAUCCCCACGGUGUACCUCAUGACUUUCCUGGAUGCGCUGGAGGCUGGUUAUGGGAAAUAUAAGAACCCUUAUCACAAUCAGAUACAUGCUGCUGAUGUUACCCAGACUGUACAUUGCUUCCUGCUUCGCACCGGCAUGGUGCACUGCCUGACAGAGAUUGAGGCCCUGGCCAUUAUCUUUGCAGCUGCAAUCCAUGACUAUGAGCACACGGGUACCACCAACAGCUUCCACAUCCAGACCAAGUCAGAUACAGCCAUUUUGUACAACGACCGGUCUGUUCUGGAGAAUCACCACAUCAGCGCCAUCUUCCGCAUGAUGCAGGAUGACGAGAUGAACAUACUUAUUAACCUGACCAAGGAUGAAUUUGUGGAGCUCCGGUUGCUGGUGAUUGAAAUGGUUCUGGCGACAGACAUGUCCUGUCACUUCCAGCAAGUCAAGUCCAUGAAAACUUCCCUGCAGCAGCUGGAACGGAUUGACAAAUCCAAAGCCCUCUCCUUGUUGCUGCAUGCAGCUGAUAUCAGCCACCCCACCAAACAGUGGCCAGUGCACUGCCGAUGGACCAAAGCUCUCAUGGAAGAGUUCUUCCGCCAGGGAGACAAGGAAGCUGAGCUGGGAUUGCCCUUCUCCCCAUUGUGUGAUCGCACAUCCACCCUGGUGGCCCAGUCACAGAUUGGUUUCAUUGACUUUAUUGUGGAACCCACUUUCCAAGUUCUGACAGACGUAGCGGAGAAAAUGGUCAUCCCCUUAGUGGAAGAAGGUUCCAAGAAUAAAUCAACCAGCCAGCAGAGCAGUUCCACCUGGCGCCAGACUUCUGUAGAUGAGCAUGCUGAGCUGGGGGACAUAAACGCUGACAUCAAAAGCUUCCGUUCCACCUGGAGCAAGUACAUCCAAGAGAACAAGCAGAAGUGGAAGGAACGAGCUGCCAGUGGAAUCACCAACCAGACAUCCAUUGAUGAGCUCUCACCUUGUGAGGAGGCCAGCACACCUGAAAACCGGCACAAUCAGAACGGCAAUGUGGAAUAGCGCUGCGUAUAGGAGGAGCAAGCUUUUCAACACAGUUUACUCCAAAGUCUUCGAUACCAUCGACUCAGCACCAUCCGCACAGGGAGGGGGCCCCUCCCCAGCUCGAGAAGGGUGUGACAUGAAUGCGACCAUCAAUACUACUAGUAAUAAUAUUAAUACUGAUAAAUGCAAGUGUUACCGAGUCAACGAUGUCGACAUCACACAGUACACACUGCCUGCCCCCAUCCCUGAGUUGCAGAGAGAAUGAAAGACUGAGACCCUCCCUUCCCAUCCCGUCCCAUUCUCCCCCUGUAUAACUUCCUCCCAUCCCUGAGUGCAAGUGGGCAAAAAGGCCAUGUGUAGCGCUGGGACUGGUCACCCGAACAAUUCCCUCUCGUGCCCAACAGCCCAGGAAAGGCUUUUCACUGCCAACCAGCCAAGCGACUGCCAAGGCAACUUGUCACCACUUUCUGCCCCCUCCCUUUUUAAACAAAGAAUGGCAGUGGUUGUACUGUAGGUGAAGAGUAUGAAGAGGGUAUUUUUUU